AUGUCGAAACCUACAGUAGCUGUCAUUGGAAGCGGAUGGGCCGGCUUCGUCCUAUCACAACAAUUGAACGUCGCAAAAUACAACGUCAAGGUCAUAUCACCCGUUCGGACGAUUCAAUAUACUCCACUGCUUGCAAGUGCAGCUUGCGGUCUUUUCAACUUUCGACUUGCUGAAGAACCUGUCCGCCGACGCAGCAGACCAAAUGUUGAGUACUACAAGGCAAUCGCCGAGCAAAUCGACCUGGAAAAGCGCAUUAUCAAGUGCAAGCCAUCAGUAUCAGAGUUCUGGAAAGACAAAGACUACGAUAUCUCAUAUGACAAGAUCGUGAUCGCACCUGGUUGUGCUAUUCAGACUUUCGGCACGCCUGGAGCUCUAGAACAUGCAUUGUUUUUGAGAACCACAAAUGAUGCUCGUCUGAUUCAGCAGAGGAUACUGGAGAUUCUUGACGCUGCUUCGUUACCUGGAGUCACCGAGCAGCAGCAGAGAGACAUCCUUACCAUUCGUAUAGUUGGUGGAGGAGCGAUUGGUAUCGAAGCCACAGCAGAGCUAUACGACCUCUGGUACGAGGACAUGAGAUUCCUGUACCCUCACCUCGACGGCAAGCUUUCCAUUGUUAUCCAUGAUGUCGCGCCUACUAUCCUGUCGACUUUUGAUGAGAAGCUUGGAAACUACGCAACCAAAUCUUUGCAUGAGAAGAAGGUCGAGCUCAAGACCAGUUCUCACAUCGAGAAGGUAGAGCAAGACGCCAUAUACACCAAGGAAGACGGCAGAUUGCCGUACGGUAUGCUUAUCUGGGCCACCGGCAACAAAGUGAACCCUCUCAUCGACACCUUGGACGUCAAAAAGACAGAGAAAGGCAUGCCUCGGAUCUUGACAGACAAGUACCUACGUGUCUUGCGGCCUGAUGGUACUCCAAUCGACAACACAUACGCGAUGGGUGACGCGGCCGAUAUUGAGGGUUACAGCCUUCCGACACUGGCUGAAGCGGCCUUGCAGAAAGGCGAAUAUCUCACACGUGAGCUCAACAAUGAGGCUGAAGGUGCUGCAGCACGACCGUUUGAGUACAAGCAGAAGGUACACCUGGCCUACCUAGGCAAGCAUGACGGUGUGAUUGGCGGUAAACAGGACUGGACUGGUGAGGGCGCGUGGCUGGCAUGGCGAUCGGGCAGUCUGUCGUGGACAAGGAGCUGGAGAAGAAAGAUCAUGAUCUCGAUUAGCUGGCUGUUUGUUUGGCUGGGCGGCCGUGAUAUCGCUAGAAAGUGA